GGCGCACGGCGGCGCCGGCCGACGGCCGAGGCCGGUAUUCAGUCGGAGCUCAGUGGCGACAGAGCGCGGACGGUGACGUGGGUUUGGAAGCUCGUGCGUCAGGUAACCGGCUGAGCGGACUGUCGGCGAGCGCAGGCCUCCUCCGGUGAUCGGAUCCGCCUCUAGCCAUGGGUUGUAUGGGCAGCAAGCAGAAGCUCUCCAAGGAGGACUUGGAGUUCCUGAAGGCCCACACGCGGUACGAUGAGGCCACCAUCAAGGAAUGGUACAAGGGAUUCCGGCAAGACUGUCCUAAUGGCAAGCUCACCCCCGUGAAGUUCGUCGACAUGUACAAGAUGUUCUUCCCCUCUGGCAACGCAGAGGAGUUCUGUGACCACGUGUUCCGAACGUUCGACAUGGACAAGAACGGCUACAUCGACUUCAAGGAGUUCCUGCUGGCGAUCGACGUGACCUCUGCCGGCACGCCCGAGGAGAAGCUCCGCUGGGCCUUCAGCAUGUACGACGUCGACGGCAACGGCGUCAUCGACCUUCAGGAGAUGACCAAAAUUGUCCAGGCCAUUUACGACAUGCUGGGCACCUCGUCGCCGUCCAAGCCGCAGGACUCGGCCGAGGAGCGAGCCAAGACCAUCUUCGCGCGGAUGGACGAGAACGGCGACAACCAGCUGACUCAGGAGGAGUUCCUCAAGGGAUGUCUGCAGGACGAAGAGCUCUCCAAGAUGCUCAACCCGACCGCCUCGUAGACGGCCGGCCGGCCGCACCAUGACGAAGGUGGCCGACUCGCCGCGCGCGCGGCGCCGCUGCCACUCGACGGUGACGUCACUCGGCGCGCCGGAGAGGUGACGUCAUCUCCUGUUGGCCAGGUGACGUCACUCGGCGUGGGCGUGUGACCCCGUGUCGGCGCUGGACAUAGGCCGAGGUCGCGGCGCGAGCGACUCGGCCCGCCGCGAGCCCGCGCAGACUGGAGCUCUGCUGAUGACCGGAUCAGACUCUGUCGACCGCCGCGCUGCGCCUGAGGAGAUGAGAGGAGCUGGCAGUGCGAGGGUGGCAGGCGCUGCCAGUGCUGAGGUGCUGAGAGAGAGGGAGAGAGAGUGCAAUGGCGAUCGUGCGAGGGAGCGGCCGCGCGCCCCGCCCCGGUGAUAGGGAGCGACCGGCGCGGCGCAUGUGAUGAGAUGGUUUUAUGGUUUGACGCUGCUGCGACCCGCGCACAAGCGGAGGCAGAAUGGGUGAACGCGGUGCGAGUGCAGGUGUGAGUGAGAUUUUUCGACUUGUUCAAGUCUUGUAUGCGCCGAAUUAGCUUGCUCUUAUGUUGGUGCGCGCGCCCGCGCCGCCGCCGCCGCCGCCGCCGCCCUGUGAGGCACUUUUAUCUGGCCGUGUGGGCGUUGUCACUGCUGAGCGGGUGUCUGACCGCUGACGGUGGGUGACCUGACCCGACCCGGGUCGGCGCCCCGCACCACGCACACUUUCUCACAUUCCGAACCACUUCCUGACUAACCCGUCUGCCUCCCGGCCGGGCAGGGAGGGGGAGGGACGGGGGCGGGGAGCGCCGGCCGCCGCCGCCGCUGCCGUCGCCGCGGCCCCGCCCCGCCAUCGCCAGACGUCCUUCCUGUUGUUACGCUCUGUUUGGUCGGGCUUGUUUCCAAAUAAAGUGGCUAAUUUGUA